GAUUGUUAGUCCCUAGAAUAACACGUUUUGUUGUUUUAGUUUAGUUCAAAUUUAAUGAUUUUUUUGCCUCUGAUUCUUUGUGAAAUUAUAUUAUAAUUGCAUUUGAAAGUGUAUUAACCUAUUAAUAUCUGCACUUAUAUAUGUACACAGUUUCGUAGCAGUUUAAGACCAGUAUUUUUACAAACUUUAAAUUGAUCAAAUUGGAGAAGAGGAACUGUUUUCUUGCACAUGAACGAACUAAAUCUCAUCAAUUAACAAUCGUUCAUAAUGGGCAUUGUACACAUUAACAUGAGAAAUGUGAUCUUCGUUCUUUUGGCGAUUCUACUGACUACUGUGAAACAUGUUUCCAUGGGUUAUGAGAGCAUGGUUAACAACAUGAUGAAGGAAGCAAAUGUAAAUUCUACACCAGCAUACAGCAGUAAAAAGGAGGAGAUAUCCAAACUGUGUCCAAGUGGUAGCCUGUGUUCAGAACUGAGCGGAGACUGUCUAAAUUGUAAUUUAAAUCCAAACUGUGUGUAUGGAUCAAUGUAUACCGCAGAAUGUACAGUCUUAGAACAGAUUGAUUGUGUCGGUGAUCAAACAUUUCAAAAGAAGUACGUAUGUCGAUACUGUUAUCAGACAGAACAUUGGGAGCACCAUUGUCAGCAGAAGAACUCUUGUAGUUCUGUAGCAUCUCCUCGACAAUACUAUAGAACAAAUUGUACAGUUAAUAGCAACAUUCUUUGUCUAGGAAGACGCAAAUUUAUGAAAAAUUUAUUGUGUAACUGGACUGUAGGGUAUCGAUGGUCUACUGCUUUAAUUCUUAGCGUUACUUUAGGAGGUUUUGGAGCUGAUCGGUUCUAUUUGGGUCACUGGCACCAUGGAAUUGGGAAACUGUUGAGUUUUGGGGGACUUGGUGUAUGGACACUGAUUGAUGUUAUUCUCAUUUCCAUAAGAUAUUUGGGUCCAGCAGAUGGUUCAUUAUACAUUUAACUAGUAUUUAGUAUAAUAUAAACUAUAUUCUUUACAAAAAAAGAAUGAGAGUUUAAUCGUUGAUAGCACUGGUUAAUCUUGUCCCAAUUUAAUGUGUAAAAAUGAACGUUUCAGUCAUUAUGUCUAAAAGAACUGAAUUGUAAUGUGAUAUGUAUAUAUAGAUAUAUAUGUUAAGUAAUUCUCUUUCAUAAAUUAACAUUUUUAUUAAUUCUAAACUAUUACCUGAUAUGUACAAUUUCUUACGUGUAUAAGUACAGAGUUGCUAAAAUAUCUCUGACUUAUAUAAUAAAAUAUUCUUAAAUACA